AUGAACUACCGUAACAUCCUAAAGUCGAAGCUUUCUCGAAAGUCAGACUUAUCUCUAAUUUCGGAUGAAGAUGCUGUAUACGAGCAAGAAGUCUUUCGAGACCCAGGAAGCACGAAACCAUGGCUGGCAUAUAUCGAGACCAAGAUCCGACACGGCAACAUUCAGGAGCAAUCCUUCGUCAUGGAGAGAGCUUGUAGACAGCUACCACGCUCUUAUAAGCUUUGGAAAAUGUAUCUGAAAAUUAGAACCAAGCAUGUGGAUAAGCUAAACCCAGCAAUAUUUGCUUCCGAAUAUUCCAAAGUCAACAUACUUUUUGAGCGCGCCCUCAUACUACUAAAUAAAAUGCCAAAAGUCUGGGAGAUGUAUUUGUCAUUUCUUCUCCAGCAACCGGUUAUCACGAAAACACGUAGGAUAUUUGAUCAGGCCCUUCGCGCCCUUCCUCUCACCCAACAUAAUAGGAUAUGGGCAUUGUAUUUACCGUUUGCAAAUUCUGUUGCAGGAGACACAGCUGUCAAGAUUUGGCGCAGGUACUUACAAAUACACCCUGAAGAUGCAGAGGAAUAUGUUGAAAUUUUAAUUGCGAAUACAAAAUAUACAGAGGCAGUUAAAUAUUACAUUGAUAUACUAAAUAAUCCUAAAUUCCGAAGUAAAAAAGCGAAGAGUCAGUAUCAAAUUUGGAAUGAAAUGAUCGACCUUCUCAUAGCUCAUGCCAAUGAUAUUCAAACAGGGAAUAAUUCUGGAAUCGAUGUCGAAAGAAUAAUUCGAAGCGGUAUCACCCGUUUUUCUGACCAAAGGGGAAAGUUAUGGUCUGGCCUAGCAACAUAUUGGAUCACAAGAGGUAGCUUUGAAAAGGCUCGCGACAGGUUUGAAGAAGGAAUCACAACUGCUAUGACAGUCCGAGAUUUCACAUUAGUCUUUGAUACGUAUGUGGAAUUUGAAGAAACAAUAAUCGAUACCUUAAUGGAAGAAGCUGCUGCACGGACUAAGAAGGGAAUAUCGGAUGAGACUGCUGACUUUGAUUUGGAUAUACGUUUGAUGAAGUUUGAACAACUGAUGAAUAGGCGCCCGUUCUUGAUAAACGAUGUUCUGCUUCGCCAAAAUCCAAGUAAUGUAUCAGAAUGGAAUGUCAGGAUAGGGUUGUGGGGCGACAACAAACUUGAGGUUGUACAGACGUAUACAGACGCCAUUGAAGCAAUACAACCGAGAAAAGCUGUUGGUCGGUUUCAUGAGCUAUGGGCUAACUAUGCUAAAUUCUACGAAAACGGUGGCGAUAUUAGAAGCGCGCGGGUUAUAAUGGAGAAAGCGGUUAAGGUUCCGUUCCGUUCUGUUUCCGAGCUUGCUGACAUGUGGAUUGAAUGGGCCGAAAUGGAGCUUAGAAAUGAAAAUUUCGACGAAGCUGUGAAAAUCCUAGCUAAAGCUGUACAAGCACCGAAGCGCUCCACGGUAGAUUAUUUCGAUGAAACACUGACUCCACAGCAACGUGUGCACAAGAGCUGGAAAUUGUGGAGUUUUUAUGUGGAUCUCGUGGAGUCAGUCAGCACCCUAACGGAGACAAAAAAGAUUUACGAAAGAAUUUUAGAGCUCCGUAUUGCCACGCCACAAACUAUCGUCAACUAUGCGAACCUUCUUGAAGAAAACCAGUACUAUGAAGAGUCAUUUAAGGUGUACGAGCGGGGCCUUGAUCUAUUCUCUUAUCCAGUUGCUUUCGAGCUUUGGAACCUCUACCUUACUAAAGUUGUCGACCGCAAGAUCAGUAUAGAGCGUCUGCGUGAUCUCUUUGAACAAGCUGUUGAGGGUGUUCCCCCUAAGUUUGCCAAGGUUAUCUAUUUAAUGUAUGGUAAUCUCGAAGAAGAUCGUGGCCUAGCCCGUCAUGCCAUGCGGAUUUAUGAACGUGCCACAAGAGCUGUAUCAGAUGAGGAUCGAGCUGAUAUGUUUAAUCUCUAUAUUACAAAAUCCGCCUCAAAUUUUGGACUCCCUUCAACCAGGCCAAUUUAUGAGCGUGCAAUUGCAUCCCUACCGGAUAAAGACGCUCGAGAUAUGUGCCUUAAAUUUGCCGAAAUGGAGAAACGUCUCGGAGAAAUCGAUCGUGCGAGGGCAAUCUAUGGCCACGCAAGUCAAUUUUGUGAUCCUAGAACUAGCCCCAGUUUUUGGACCAAAUGGGAAGGCUUCGAAGUACAACACGGAAAUGAGGAUACAUUCAAGGAAAUGUUGCGUAUCAAAAGGAGUGUACAAGCAGCUUUUAACACAGACGUUGGAUUCAUUGCUAGCCAGGCAUUAGCUAGAGUUGAGGCAGGAAGUAACCGCGAGACAGAGAAUAUUGAGGGUGAGAGCGCUAUGCAGAAGUUAGAACGAGCAGCCAGAGCUCCUGUUGGAUUUGUGCAUGCAAGUGAUCAACCAACAGUCGCUAGUAUGACACCGAUAAUCGCACCCAAUCCUGAUGCAAUUGAUGUGGAUAUCGCAGCAGAGGAAUGA